GCUGACAUAUGAUUUUGGUUAUGGUUGUUUGUACUUGCCGCUUGCUUAGUUGCUUUCCGUUAUAACCUAAACAAUUGACCGCCAAGAAGAAAAAUAAUAGAAUUUAACCCAAUAAUUUCAUGUAUAAUGUUAUAAGCCUUAGUACCUAAUCAGUAAAAGUUCUUUUGUGCUCUAACUACUCGUUUACUAUGGAGUUCUUAGAGGCAAUGCCAGUUACCUUCAAGGAAAUUACUCCAAACUAUAAUUUACCUGAAAAAUGGAAAGAAAUUAUAUUGAACACAGGUGGAACCCAUAGCACUUUGCAAGAUAUCAAACUGCCUCAAAAAGCUGGUGGCUACUGGUACAAAGAUUCCAAGAAGAUUUGUACUCGUAAUAGAUUUAUCUAUUGGCAAACAACAUCAGAUGCUAUAGAGUUAACAGAAGCGUCUCUAGACAUUAAUCUAACAUCUUGUAAUUUGAAAUGUAAAGUAGCGCCAGGCACUCCGCCAUUGAGUAACAUUACGGUGUAUGAGAGGAGUGCAUCUCGAGAUGUAGUUAUACUGGCUGCCACUGUGUCUUCUGUACACAGACUCAUAUUUCCCCAUCCAGGGACCUUGGAUAAAAAGUCUUCAUUUGGAUCUCUGAGCAGUUCGUCACCAUCAAUAUUUCAUGAUACAACUUCUAUAAAUAACCCAAACAACUAUUGCAUUCUCAAUCAGUAUUCUAAUGCAACUACAGGUGUUGCUCACACAUGUGCAUCUCUGUUGCGUGAUAAUGGUGAAGCAGUGUUUGCCCUGGCUUUUGGCCAUGGAGGAGAAGGAGGUUUACUGCUUGUCAAACUGCCAGUGACCGGGUCAGCAGUCACCACAGUUUUGAAACGGGAAUCUACUGUGCCACGGUUCCUAUCGGGCAUCACAGGAGCUUUGAGGGGCAAAAGUACCUCAGAUGGUGUAGAGACAUAUGGAGUGGUGCUUACCAGUGGAUUAGCAGUGGCAAUAUGUGGCGACGCUUGUCUUCGCGCAUGGCCACUGGACGAGGGCGGAGCACCUAUUGCAGUGUCCGCACCUCUUUCACAGACUUUAGUCAGACCAAAACCUCCUCCUCAUGGUCACAUGUUACAAAAAACGGUUGGAUCAGAUGGAAGUGUCAUAUUGGUGGCAUACUUAUCAUUCCCUAAUGAAUGUGAGUUUGUUGUUAUGAGGAUGCAUGAUGGAGGCUCUGGAGGUGUGAGGUUCUCUCACAUUAGUCGCAUAUUUGGUCCUCAGUUGGAUCUCCUUGAUUAUGCUAUUGGUUAUGGAGAUGGAAGCAAUGUCAUUUGGGCUCUGUGGAGUCAACCGGAUGGCGAUACUAUAAUAACUAGCGUGUUAGUGGGUGCGGAGGCGUCGUGGCGCGCGGUGGCGGGGCGCGAGGCGGCGGGCGCGCUGCCGACGCUGGGCUCCAACCAGCAGUACCGCGACCGACUCAUGGCGCCCGGCCUCUUCCCACCUGCCGUCAUCAGGAAAGCGCUUGUGAUCUACAACCGCACAUGGGGCGGUACGGACUCGAGUGGCGAGGGUGACCUGGGCGACGCCGCCAUGAACGCAGUACAGUCUCGUCUGCGACACCUCACUGCCAGGACGGCUACACCAGACCACGCGCAUCUUAUGCACAAAUGCUGGUCAGACUUGUACAGCUGGUGUUUGCAGUAUAUGGAGAGUUUACAGAAGCCACUGGGACUUAUGGUCUCAAAAGAAGAAUCUGACAUUGAAUGUGGCUGGUGGUGUGCCGUUGUCCGUCGGGCUGGGAUAUCGCUAAUCUGUGAACUAGAACCACUUGAAAGAAUGAUGCUGUCACCUGAUGUACCACUGCUAGAUGGAAACGAGCGGUCGUGGGGCGAGUUAUCGUGCGACGCAGUGCGCGUGGUGGUGGCGGGGGCGCGCUGGGAGCGCGGCGCGGGGGGCGCGGCCGCCGAGCUCGAGCGGAGGCUCUUCGCCGCCGCCGCGCCGCAACACCGCCUGCUGCCGCGGCUACUGCAUCUACUGCUCGCGCCGCAGACUUCCUCGGAACACGAUGCAACGGCGCUGACAUUAACACCACAGCAGAUAGAUGACCUCACUUCCAUCUUGGAACCAAUCAAAGACUUACAGAGUGCAGUGCUCGAACUAAACGAUGCUCUGAGACUGGAUGUGCCUGACAUUGAUACAACUAAAAAUGAUGAUGAAGAUUCAGGGGAGUAUGAUGGUCUGUUGGCCAGUGAUCUUGGCGUUGCUAUAGUCACUGAGGCUAUACGGCAGAUGGCUGAAAUGAGAUGCCGCGUGGUGCGGGGCGCGCUGUGUGCGCUGGGCGCGUGGCGCGGCGCGGGCGGAGUCCCCGGCGCCGGGCACUGCGCCGUGCACUGGCAGGCCUACCGCGCGCUGCUCUGGCUGCGGGCCGCCGCAUACACGCCGCAGUCAUCGGGAUCGUCGGAAACAUUCCGUCUAAAGCUGAGCGCACUGGGCGCCGAAGCUCGCGGCCCCGGAUGCGGCGGCGCGGUGGUGUGGAGCUACGUGCGCGCUAUGGGCGGGCGGCGCGCGCGCUCGCACCUGGCCGCGGCGCGCGCGCCCACCACCUGGCACCAGGCGCUGCCGCUACUCGCAUACCAUCUCGCGCACCAACUAUGGGCCGUAAGUGGAGGCUUUGAGUUCAGUUGGUGGCUGGCCACCAUCGACCAGCCUCGCUUGGUACAGAGCUACGUCAACAUGUUGGAGCCUUGGUGCGAGUGGAAUGCCUGCUCACGUCAAUUUAUCCUGGGCUUGGCUCUGCUAGACCUGGAUGACGCAGAGAAUGCAUACACAGCGUUCUGCAAGGCAGCUAAAGGAGUAAGCACGGAGCCCUUCCUGCGGCAACUUGUAGCGGCACCCGACGCACGACUAACGCAACAUCAAGCACUCGUUCUGUAUUAUAUGAAAGUUAUAAAACUGUUUGAGAUACACGACGCAGGAGCGUGUGUUGUCCGUCUUGCGGAGACUGCCAUCAGCAUUGCCGAUAAGGAUGAUCCUAAUUUGGCGAUGUUCCAGUGGGUGGUGUUCAAGUGGCACCUGUCGGGCGGGCGCACGGCGCGCGCGCUGUCGGCCGCGGCCGCCAACCCCGCGCCGCACGCAAGGCACGCCGCCGCCGCCACGCUGCUCACCACUCUCGCAUCUCGUCGUGAGUUGGGAGCGCUAGUGUCUUGCUCAGCGUUGGCCGGGGACGCAGAGCGCGCCGCGGCCGCUCGCGCCAAACUGCACGAUGCGCACGCGCACAACCCGUACUAUGACUUCUUGUAUGCGUUGCAUGUCUCACGACAUCAUUAUAGAAAAGCGGCGGGAGUGAUGUACGAGCGCGCGGCGCGGUGCGGCGCGGAGCGGUCGGUGUCUGCGGCGCGCGUGCGGCGCCGCUGUCUGGCCGCCGCGCUCACCUGCCUGCGCCUCGCGCAGCCAGACCACGCCUUCCUCGCCAGGCCCGCCGAGUCCGGGAAACUGCUGCAGGUUAUCGGUCCUGAGGAACUAGCCGCCGAGCUUCGAGAAGAAGACACCGAGUCGUUGGAUCCCGUACAACAAGCGUUACUCCGAGGUGAUAACAUCGACUUCGACAUGUUAUACCCAAAACUGAAAGACGCUGAUCCAGAAACUCUGCUCUCAGUAUUAAAGAGAGCUAUAAGUACUGGCCAGUUUCUACCACACUGGUUCCUACAAAGAUACAUGGAGGUGGACGGCGCAGGCUGUGUGCGCGCGCUACUAAGCGGCGGUCGCGCGGCGGAGGCGGGCACGCAGUGCUGCGCGGCACUGCGGCGCGCGCUGCAGGUGCUCGUGCCCAGCUGCCCCGCCGCGCCGCGCGCCGCGCCGCUCGCACUGGCGGACCUACUACUCGCAGAGCUCGGACACCAUACUGGGGACCCAUUCGUGCAACAGAUUUACAAUGAGUUAGAUGGAUUGGUUAAGGAAUACACUAAAGUUGUUAUAAGAAUUUCCGACGAUAUGAAACUGGCGCGAAUGGAGCAUGCAGUCAAUUAGUGUAAUGGUUAUAUAUUCAAUAAAACACAUUAUUUUUAAAA